UCUUUAAUUUAUAUUUCUAAAUAAAAAUACAAAAAAAAGCAUGCGGCUCACAAAUAAGCUAUGUGCACAGCAUAUUGGAUGGCAUUUCAAAAAACACUGGCAGGUUCAAGGCAGACGUGUGCCCAGGGAAACCGGCGCUGCUGCGGAACUUUUGAAGAUGGGAAUUCGUGUAAAAACACCCGACGAACUAUUAAACAAAAAACAAGAGUUCCAUCCUGUUGAUAUUGUUGGAAUAGCCCCAAAGGCAAUUGCCGAAGACCAAACUCAUCCAAAUUGGCAUAAAAUUGCGUGCCAUCUGUUUAGAGACAACAAUGUUCUAGUUGGAGGAUUGCCACAAGCUCAGGUUCUAACAAAUACGAUUGAAAUAAAUACCUUUCCACAACAAAUAGAGGACGCUGUUUCAAAUAGCCAGUAUUCUAAGGCCGUGGAUCGCAAUGUUCAAAAUGCCAUUUUUUCAUCCCAUUUGCUGGAUGCGCAGCAAGUAAAAUUGCCAAAGGUAAAACUGAUUGAAAGACCGGCAUUUAACCUACCGCGCCUUUACGGAAUUUCUCAUGAAAGACGCAAUCGACUCGUUAUAAACAAGCUUUUGCUAGAAAUUGAAAAAUUAGCUGGAAGAUCUGUAACUGCUCGACGAAAGCUAAUGGAUAAUGUCACAUUUCAAACAUCAGUAUCCAAAGACAAUGAUUUGGUCGCAAUUACACUUAGUGGAGAUAAAUUAAUAAGUUCAUCCCGUGCUUUGGACCCUGUUAAAGGAAAAUUUAAUGGCGAAUUGCCAGAUUUGUAUCCGAUGAAAUGUGUAGUUUCCAUGAAAAAGCAACACAUUUAUACGGAAAACAAUUUCUAUCCUAUUCGGUCUGAAAUUAACUGCUCCCAUCCUCAUACAAUUGUAUCAUUCUUUGAUAAAACAAUUGUGGGCAACAUACAUGGCUCCGAUGUAACGAAGACUCAAUUAUACGGACGUACUUUGCUUAAAGCUUUUGUAGCAGCUGCUGCCCGUGCUAAACAAAUAAACGGUGUCACUUCCUGUACGGAUCUACAAAAACCAAUUGUUGUACAAUGCGUUCAGACGGACGGACGAGAGUUUCAUUUUGGAGUAUUUCAACUUAACACGCUUAAUCUUAACUCGAGCAAUACAACAAAAAACUAUUGGUUUCAUCGAGACAGUAUAGAAUUGUUUAAUGAUUGUUCUUAUAAAUGUGGUAGACCACAUUUAGAUGGUUACAACGCCGAACCUUUUCGUAUCUUAAAUGCGUUUUAUCAUAGCUCUUAAUUUAAAAACUGUUAUUUUCUUUUAAUAGAAUAAAGUUCGCUUUA